AUGGGGCGAGUUCUCCUGAAAAGUAAUUGCCAAAGCACACAUCGGUCUUCAACAUUGCGUAAAACAAACGUUGGCGGAGUGUCGAAACAGCUUACAGCUACUGAAAAACGGAAAAGAAUGAUUGAAGCUGGCACGAAAUAUGCGGCGCAAAAUCGGAAAGUCAAAACAGGUUGUUUGACAGGAGCCCACUUCAUGAAACUUAGCGUCAAGGCAGUCCCAGAGUCAGCUGUUAAAACUGGAUCAUGCAGGAAAUCCUCAGUGUCUCAGGAAAUCCUAAAGCUACAGCAUAUUCCACCAAGAAGAAACAUACAACUAGCUGAUAGAUUUAACAGCCAGAAAUCGAUUUCUGAAGCCAUUCUUAAUCGUUCAGACGCCAAAUGCAAGUCAAAAUCACAUUUUAUAAAGGCGCCUCUGAAACCAAUCAAUGAAAUGUUUGAACGUGAUGAUGAAGCACUGACAAGUAUUUUAAACAGAUGUCCACAGAAUUCAAUUACUGGAAAAGCUUCUAUCUUCCGUGGCCGCGAAAGACCAUCAUUAUUUCCGAAUGGAAUAAAUCCUUUGGACACAGCUGCUGAGAAAUUUGCUAAACCUUUACCAUUGACGGCAUUAGCUACCCGCGCGUUUUCUUUGGGACCGGUUACUUCCACGAAAGUUGAUACGACAUCCGUUUUAGUUACACCAUCGUCAGUUGUUAAGAUGUCAAAAAAAACACCAACAAAAACCGUUAGAUUUGAUGAAAGCGUUUAUUUCCGAAGUCCGAAAACUGAUAAUAUGUCUUCUCCAGAAACUAGUGUUCCUAAAAUUGGUGAACCAACUUCUCUGGAAACUACAAAUGAAAUGACUUUGGAUCUGAAAGUGAAAUUCGAUGACAUGUUAGAAAAGCUGAGAAAUUUGCCAGCAGGUGUUUUUAGGAACUUGGAAGAAGCAGUGCAUCAAAUUGCUUCUGAGAAAUUAAAAAAUGCUAACAAAACUUGUAAAGAGCGUCCAUCCAGCCUACCGUUGAAUUCGACAGCAGUGUCGUUCUCAGAAUCUGAAAUAAAGGAAGUAUUGCCCAGUUAUUGUUGGUCAUCAGUGGAUUGCAUUGCCUCACGAACAAGAAGAAAAGUUCGUGUAUCUCAAGUGUAUGUCAACCAGGAAUUUUCAUUAACAGUAGGAGCAUCUCAAGAAAAAAACUGCAACCCUACGUUCCAUCCAGAAAAUUAUGCUCAGGAAGACAGCGAAACGCCUAAAAUCAGCAAACGGUCAAGAGAAAUAAAUCAAAUGCUCCCUGACAAAGUACAAUCAGUUGAAUGAACAGUGGAAUUACCAUGAUUUUUAUUGUGUUUUCUGUAUUUAUUAAACGACUAAUUUGGGAAUAAUGCGC